UGGGGCUUGGCAUCCACUUUAAGCUUAGAAUUCAACGUUGGUUGGGACUUGGAAGUGGCACAGAGGAGAAAGAAACCAAAAAAAGACAAGACAACGAUGCCACCAACGCUCCCUCCUCUUUCACGCUUUCACAUCUCUCACUGUUAUUCUUACCUUCAUCAUUGGAGAAUGCAAAAGCCCAACACUUCCCUCUUUUGAACCCAGGUGGUUGUUUAAUUGUUUUGUUCCCUUCUUCGUGCUUGCUUUUUUACUCCCUCAUUUCAACCCUGUUUUUUUUUUUUUUUCUCUUCCUUUCCAAUAUUUGACAAUACACAACGCAUCUCGCUUCAUUUCUGGCAAACUGUCUCUGUCAUUUGUGUUCGGCAGACCCAAUAAUUGAAGCUACCAAACCCCUUUCAAUCAUAGCCUUUUUUACUUUACUCCUAUGAAGUACAGGGUUUUUUCACUUACUGGGUGAAGAACAAUUUUCAGGCAUGGAACCCGAGCCCUGUGAUUCAAACAUGUUUAUGUUUCUUCCUGAUGAUGUGUUUGCUAUCGUUUCUCGGUUCCUGUCACCGAGAGAUGUGUGUAAUCUGGGCCUGUGUUGCAAGAGUUUGAAUUCUCUUGUGGCCUCUGAGAAAAUCUGGCUCACUCAAUGUGAUGUUUUGGGCAUAGUGCCCCAUAAGGAUCUUGUUGAAUGGAGAAAGGGUAUGUCUUCUUACAAGGCACUUUGCCGUUUUCUGACGAGUGUUCAGCCAUUGAUUGGAAUAUGGGUUCAUCAGAAUCCGGAGCUUGGCAACGUGGUGUAUGUCAUGCCUGGUUUUGUUUCUGUUGUUGGCUGCAGAAUAAUUCCUCAGGAGCUUGGUCCAUUGGGUAUUGAAGAGGGUCCAAUUUUAUGGGCAUCUGUGUUUGAAGUUAUUGGUGAUUUUGAUGGUUCAACUAUAUUUUUUCUUCAUGGAAGGGAGAAGGGAAUCAAUUAUAUUUAUCCCGGUUCAGUCAAGCCUAUAGAAAAAGCUUGUAAUGUGCUAUUGCUUGAGGUUGAACCCGGGCAACAUAAAAAUGUUGGUACUUUGUUGCAGAGCAAAAGCUUUGUGCACCACUCGGGCGUGGAGUUAUCGAGGAAGGUUUGUAGGUCAAAUAGUGAUGUUUCUAGGUCACAGAGGGUGGUUGGAAAUGGUGAGGCGAUGGUUAGCUUCGGCAAAUUAGCUUUUAGUGAUAGGAGAAAGUUGCUUGAGGUCACUACUAGCCAGGUUCGACAAGAGGUUCCUGAUAAGGUGAUUGGGCCGUUGUUUCCCAGGUUAAGGGAUGAUGAGGACAACUUUAAGAAAGAUUUGGUGCUCCUGUGGGAAAGAAGAUCACUCCUUAGUCAAAUGUACAAGCUUGGUAAUAGUCAGCUGGACUAUAAGGCAAGUUCUCAAGAGGCAGUUGGUCCAACGCAUUUAGAACUGGAUGAUAUCAGGACAAGUCUUGACUGUUCAAGGUCUAUCUCUAAUCCUCUGCCUGAGGAGGAUGGUGAUCACACACAAUGCAGCAAAAGAAAGGGUCUUCGGGGAUAUUUGUUGAAUGGCCUUAAACAAAUCCUUGGAAGGUCAAAUUCACUCAACGGCAGUCAUUCAGUUUCCAAGAAGCUUAUCUCAAGUGGUGAGAUAAGGCAGGCGCGGCUUCAAGAAUUUCUUAGAUCAAGUGACACAAUAAGACUAGCAUUAAAUGCCUCAACUAUAAAGCUAUCUUCAUAUCGAGCAUGGCCAAAUAUGCAUGACAGUCGGUUUGCACUUUACAAGUUGCCAUUGCGAGUUCCCAGAGAUGACCAAGAAUAUGCGGGCUUAUGGGGAGGGACUUUUGGUUGGCCUCCUGGAAAGCCUUCUGAAGACAAGCCUGGAAAGGCUUUAUUUUUUCUUCUGCUCUCUUAUGAGGAGUUCCAGGGACAACAGCUUCUCAUUGCAACCAAAAUAUUGGAAGGCACCCACUAUGUCUUGCAUCCUAAUGGUUCAGCAAUGUUUAUAGUGAAUAUCAACGAUCCUUCAUAUGAACCCUUUCCAUGGGACACUGAUGCAGACUCGUUUCCAGUGAAUAUCAUGCAUACUUUCAUGGGAGAGGGUAUUGCUAGUGGUUAUGGGUUCAGAUACCCUGGAUCAAAGCCUGGUUCUCUCUUUGUUUUUCAAAAUGGUGUCCUUGCAUUCGUUUGGAAGGAGUCAAGGGCUGUUUUGACCUUGCAAAGACUUAACUUGCAAGAACUUUUGAAGAAGGGUGAAAGGGUGCCGUCACUGCCUCCGGUUGCCAAUUUUUCUUAUUUGACAAAGUCCUACUCAAAUGUCUUUGCUGGCUUCCACAGCUCUUCCAAUUGUUCAUCUUCACCAAGGAAAGGACAUCACUAAGUAUAUUAGUGGGCUUAGAUUGUGCGCCCAGCUUACUAUGGCCAAUAAAGAGGCUAUAAGGUUGGUGGUUACUGGAGUUGCAUUGCUUCUGGCUGUCACAAAGUCCAAUGCCCCUGUUGUUAUAUUUUCCUGUUGCUGCUACUUGAUACCAAAGAUGGAGGUAAUCUUUGUCAAGUAAUGUAUUAUGCAUUACUUUUGUUGUGAAUUAUAUCAUCCUAUGCUCUUCAGGUAUAUCUUGCUGUUUGUUGUGGUAUAUAUGGAGGAGAGCAUACAUUAAGGAUUUUAAUAAGCUUUUUCUCUAUAUUUGAUAUAUAAAUUGACAUAAUGAUUACCCUUGUGUGUCAGGAAGGUUACAUUUUC